CUACGAAGAAGUUACGACCUUCGGCCGGAGCGCCUCGUAGAGGAAGAACUGCGACGCGCAGACGAGCGCGCACAUACAUGCCCGCGGGUAGAGGCCGACGAAGAGCUGUGCCGGGUUUGUAAUCGACGACAGCACCGCGCCGACCGACGCGUCCUCCAAAGCACACACACCGGUCAGCCGCGCCUGGGCCGAGCCGCCGCAGAGCCGCGCGAGGACGACGUCGCCGGGCUGCGACACGACGGCCGCCGCGCUGCCCGCCAAGACACCGGCGGCCAGCGGAUUCCGCAAAUGCUGGGAGAUGACCUCGUAGCCCGCGAGCUUGGCUACCGUGUAUGGUACUUGUCGUACCAAAAUGGGCGCGACGCCCUGCCACAGCGACGUGACGCCGUUCUCGGAAAUGACCCGUCGGAGCGCGCCGAGCGUCGACGAGGCGUAGAGCGGGUCCGUCACGAGGCGAAUUUUGGUGGCUUCCAUGGGGCACAGGGCCAGACAGGCCACGACCUCGGCGCAGGCCGACGACGCGACCCAGACCGGCACGCGGUGCCGCGUCCGCCCGUCGACGCCCCGCGCCUCGAGCUCGCGGAAGAUCCGCCGCUUGCACGCCUCGUACAGCCCGAAUUUGAUGGCGCCCUGCAUGAAGUAGCCGCAGCCGUUCGCCGUGAAGCCCGCGAGCAGCGCGCGGGGGCCCUCCGCCGCGACGAUGCGCCGGCAGACCGCCGCGAGGCUCAUGCCCGCCAGCGCCGCGUCGCUCUGGAUCCGCGUCUUGAGCACGUCGAGCGGCAGGGUCAGCGUGUGGCUCACGCACGUCGACAGCGCGCCGGCCGCGGCGCAGCCGAGCACGUACGGCUUUACUUUACGUCGCCGCGGCGCGAGCGCGACGGACGGGCUGAGCGCGGGGCCGCGCAUCGGCGCGACGUUGGUUGCUAUCAACGCGGCGAGCAGGCAUCGUAUCCGUGUCUUCAUCGCUGCGAGCUGUGGCGAGGCUCCCGCCUUUCACUGUGCCUCGGCGAGGUGCACAAAACUGGCGCGCAGGCAGCAAAUGCAAGACAGGGGCUCAAAAGCAGUCGUGGACGGCUCUAUUCGCUGUGCAGUUCCACCAGGCAAGCAAUAUCGCGCGCAAAUGACUUGGAUUGCUGGCUGCCUCGAUGA